AUGAAGAGAUCGGUGAUAUGCUUGCUAGUGAUUUGUGCCGCCGUUGUAGCUAUACCAGUGGAGGGUGUGAAGUACAUAGAUUUUGGUGCGCUUAACCCGUGCAUGGGUCCUAAUCCUCCUCCGGGAUGCAAUCCUCCAGGCUCCCACCAUAAGAAACCUGUCCCUGCCAACGAGUAUAGACGUGGAUGUACCACCAUCCAUCGGUGCCGUCGAGACUGA